CAUUAUAUGCGCAUGCGCGUAAACUCCUGAUUAAAAUUAACCAUGGUUGCUGUUUGUCAUUGGUUGUGCUGUGCUAAACCGUCAGCAGUUAGUUACACAAUGGAAUUGGUUUAGUUUGUAGAUUUAGAAACAGGGCAUGCCAAAGAAUAAGUGUUUUAUAAAAAUGAUGGAAAUGGAAACUAACGAGGUUAAAACUUUACAUCAGUGUGCUCAGUGCGAUGAAAUUUUUGAUGAGUACAGUGACCUAGAAGUCCACAAUAGAAUACAUGUUAAAAUGGAGAAAUCGGGUCAUCAGUGUAGUGUAUGUGACAAAAUUUUUAAAACUUUAAAUGAUUUACAAAACCACAACAAACUACAUCUAAAAAAAGAGAAAACUGAAGAUGUUGCGAGUUUUCAUCAUUGUACCAAAGCACAUGUUAAGGAAGGUGAAACAAAGGAUUUGAAAAACUUUCAUCAGUGUAGUUUGUGUGGUGAAAUGUUUGAAUUAUACACCGACUUAGAAGAACAUUGUAAAAUACAUGUUAAAGAAGAGAAAACUGAUGAUGUUGACUUCGAAAAAGCUUGUCCAGCAGACUUUGAAGAGAUGAUAACUGAUGCACAAAAUCAUGUUAAAGUUAAAGAAGAGAAAAUUUAUGCUGAAAAUUGUAAAGUACAUUUUGCCGAGGUAACAACUGAUAUCAAAAAUGAUGUUAAAGAAGAGAAAACUGAUGAUGUAAAAGCCAUACAUCAAUGUAAACUGUGUUACGAAAAAUUUGAAUUAUACACAGAUUUAGUGGAACAUUGUGAAAUGCAUAUUAAAGAAGAGGACUCUAUAGCGAGUACAUCACAUCAAUGUACAAGUUGUAAAAAGAAAUUCACACAAUACAGUGAACUAGAGAAACACAGAUGUACAUGUACCAAUAGAAACUUACAGAUGAGUGGUGAGAGUCAAAAUACCAAUAUUGUUGCUUCCCAAAAUAUUUUAGUAUUAAACAACAAACUUCUACGGCCAAACUUUCAUUUGGAGACUGCAAAUAAUUCCCCUAAAUCCUCCCACACGGAAAAUCGUCAGUUCUAUCAAAGUAACAUCUGUACGAAAGAAUUCAACCAAGGCGCUCCUGUACAAUCACAUAUGAAGACUCAUGUACCAAAUACGGUUAACGAUGAAACCAUGGAAACAAGAUGGGAUUCAUUAAUGUAUAAAUGUCAUAUCUGUGGGGAGAUAUUCCGUUCAAGUUCAAAUCUCACCGACCACCUGAAGCUUCAUUCUUUAGAGAAAAAACAUAAAUGCCAUAUUUGCAGUAGUUCAUACUCUAAGAAGUAUCAUUUGUCACAACAUAUUUUGAAAGCCCAUUCAUCUAAAUUGAAAACGUACAAAUGUCACUGCAACGCUGAGUUUAGUUCUACUUUCGAUUUGAAAGAACAUGUGCAAACACACACAUGUACAGAUGAGAAACCCUUUAGAUGUGAGGAAUGUGGAAAGAUAUAUUCACGCAAAUAUAAACUGGUCGUUCACAUGAAAUCCCAUCGCACAGAAAAACUGUACACAUGUGAAAUUUGUUCAAAAUCAUUUACUGGAGACAUAGAACUGAAGAGGCAUGUCAAAAUUCAUGAAUUUAAUCCAGGGAACUCUUCGAAAUCUGUGGAUUUCGACGAAUUAAUUGAUAAACCUGUGCAACCACAAGUUGCAGGUCUUAACGGUCAGAUGGCAAAUAGCGGUAAUUUUUUUAAUUUUAAACUCCAGUUAAACAAUACCAGACCGGGCAACACAGCUACACAGACAGGGCAACUGUCUUUUACGGACAAACCAUUUAAGUGUUUUGUAUGCAGCAAGACCUUUCCCUUAAAAACGGGACUCGAAACACAUAUAAAGGUGCAUAAGAAAAAAAAAUGUGAUGUUUGUGGUAGAUCUUUUCGCGAUAAACGUGCUAUGGAUAUUCACAUAUGUUCGUAUAAACGGGGAAGAAGUAAUUUUAAAUGUGAUAUUUGUUGUGUAACGUUUCCCUUUAAACAAAGUCUAAAAACUCACAUGGAAAGUCAUGGGAUUUUUAAAUGUGAUUUUUGCAGUCAAUCAUUUCCAUCAAGCAGUGAUUUACAGGAGCACAGAAUAAUUCAUUCUCAGGAAAAGUCUUAUAAAUGUGAUGUUUGUAGUAAAUCAUUUCCAUCAAGCAAUGAUUUACAGCAGCACGGCAUGACUCAUUCUAAGAAAAACGCCUUUUAAAUGCAAUGUUUGCAGUGAAUCAUUCAAAUCACGGUUCGAUUUAGACGAACACAGUAUGAGUCAUUCUAAGAAAAACGCCUUUUAAAUGCAAUGUUUGUAGUAAAUCAUUUCCAUCAAGCAAUGAUUUACAGCAGCACGGCAUGACUCAUUCUAAGAAAAACGCCUUUUAAAUGCAAUGUUUGCAGUGAAUCAUUCAAAUCACGGAUCGAUUUAGACGAACACAGUAUGAGUCAUUCUAAGAAAAACGCCUUUUAAAUGCAAUGUUUGCAGUGAAUCAUUCAAAUCACGGAUCGAUUUAGACGAACACAGUAUGAGUCAUUCUAAGAAAAACGCCUUUUAAAUGCAAUGUUUGCAGUGAAUCAUUCAAAUCACGGAUCGAUUUAGACGAACACAGUAUGAGUCAUUCUAAGAAAAACGCCUUUUAAAUGCAAUGUUUGCAGUGAAUCAUUCAAAUCACGGAUCGAUUUAGACGAACACAGUAUGAGUCAUUCGAAGGAAUACCCUUUUAAAUGUUACAGAAAUGUUUGCAGUAAAACAGUUUAGUGUUGAUUUAACAGAAAACAGGGAAACGCCUUUUAAAUGUGAUGGUUGCAGUAAAUCAUUUUCAUCAACCAGGGCCCUUAUUGACAAAAACUUAAACUAAGAUACAAUCGAAAUUUUAAGAAAUACUGCAAUUCGAUUGGCUGACCAAUAUGCAGAUUUGAUAUAUGCAAAUUGAUUUUACUGGUCAGCCAAUCGAAUUGCAGUAUUUCUUAAAAUUUCGAUUGUAUCUUAGUUUAAGUUUUCGUGAAUAAGGGCCCAGUAUUUCCAGUACUCAACUCGCGACUUGAAAGAGCUAAGGAGUCACAGUGAGGAGACGUAUGUAAUUUGUUAAGUUGCCUUAUUCACGAUAAUUGCUGACUAAUUUGAUGAACUGGCAACAUGACAGAAAGUGGGCUUUGCGAAUUCUUGGGACUUGACAUGGUACUAAAGUCAGCAACAGGCACUCGACUCGGAACUAAAGUCACCAACUUGGGACUCAAUGUAUAAUUGAUUUAAUAUACAUAAAAGGUUUAGCUCACUCUUAAUAAUUAUGAUUGUUGAUACGAAUGUUCAUACAAUUGUUGAUAUGAUUAUUGAUUGUUCAUACAGUUGUUCAUACAAAUGUUCAUACAAUUGUUGAUAUAAUUGUUGAUAUAAUUGUUCAUACAGUUGUUCAUACGAUUGUUCAUACAAUUGUUGAUAUAAUUGUUCAUUGUUGAUACGAUUGUUGAUAUAAUUGUUCAUACGAUUGUUGAUAUAAUUGUUGAUAUAUUGUUGAUACGAUUGUUGAUAUAAUUGUUCAUACGAUUGUUGAUACGAUUGUUGAUAUAAUUGUUGAUAUGAUUGUUGAUACGAUUGUUGAUACAAUUGUUGAUACGAUUGUUGAUACAAUUGUUGAUACGAUUGUUGAUAGGAUUGUUGAUUGUUGGUACAAUAAUUGUUGAGAUAAAUAUUGAUCCUAUUAUUGAUAUGAUUGUUCAUACAAUUAUUAAUUGUUCAUAUGAUUGUUGAUUGAUAUUUAUUAUAUUGAUACAUUGUAUAUAGGCCUACAUGUAUAUAUUUAUUAUAUUGAUACAUUGUAUAUAGGCCUAGGCCUACAUGUAUAUUAACAAAAAUAAUUUAGAAUUGUAGUAUUUUUAUUUUUUAAAUUUUAGAAAAUAAAG